AUGGAGAACCCCAAUAACGGCCAGGCACAUUUUGAGCCGUCCAAGCUUGUGCUUGGUAAGGUUGCAGCUGAACUAUUCGACACUGAUGCCGAAUCGCUAGACUGGGACAAGUCUUUCAUUAUGCUGGGUGGUGAUUCCAUUCUAGCAAUCGACUUCAUCGUCAGAUGUCGUGACGCAGGCAUUUUAGUGGACAUGAAAGAUCUCUUGAUGGCUGGUACCUUAGCUCAACUUGCUGAAAGCGUGGCCCAACAAAACGCUGGAGCAGCCAACGGAGCGAAUGGCCAGGCAAAUGGAAACGGAAUUAAUGGGAAUGGGGUUCAUGACGAAGCUACCAUUCGAAAUAGUUCAAAUGACUUGGCUACAAGCGCCGUCGCGGCUAGUCGUCGGUUGCGCUUCGCUACCAUGGAGAUACCAGAGAACACGGAUAUUUCUAUCAUCCCGACUGCGAUGCAACACAUAGUUGAUCGACACUCAGCCCUGCGUUCAAAUUGGUCUGUUUCGUCAACUGGUAAAUGGAUUCUCACAACAACCCCUGUAUCAGGCCUAAAGUCACGUCAAUUCUAUUACUCAGUGUCUUCAGAGGCAAUGGAAGUGACAGAUGCAUUUGAAUUGCUGAGGGAAGCUUUGCUCCCUCAUGAAGCCCCUUCAUCCGGAUGUUUGGCAAUUCCUAGUGAUGCGCCAGGGUGCAGUCAUACCAUUGUCCUUGCUGCAGAUGCAAACGUUGUCGACGUCCUUUCUAUGCGGCUUGUACUGCGAGAAUUGCGCGCGACUAUCAACGGAAACCAGAUCGAGCUCAGCUCUGAUUUCCAGUUCAGCGAUUGGAUUGCUCAGGGAUGCCAGGGAUUGGAAGCGCAGGUUGAGAGAGCCAAUGCAACAAAGUCCAGCUCCACUAUCGACACUGGCACCCUCAAACUCAGUGGCAAUAAUGGUGGUACUGUUGAUUUUCAGCUAUCUCACUUGGAAACCGAGAAACUCUUCGCCUCGAAAACGCAUGAUACCUUGAGAACCAGCCCUGUCGAUAUUGUCAACGCUGCUGUUUCGGAAUCUCUUGGGCCACGCUAUCGAGACGCGGAAAAUGUCCUUAGCAUCAGAUCUGCCUACAGUAUUCGCGAGGAACAAAGUAUACCUUCCGAUUCGAUAGGAUGUUAUGAGGUCGAGACGGAAUUGGCUGCUCCAGCUCUAGAGUCGGGUGAGUCUUUGGCGCAUAUGGUUCGCCAAAUGCGCGAUGCUCGCGCCGGAUUCUCUACAGAUUCUGGGUCUUCUGCUGCGAUUUACGUUGACUGUACGCGUCUUUGUCGUUUUGAAGAUAACGAUUAUUCUCCGUGGCUCUCGGAUCCCACUCCCAGCCACUCUCCCUAUGUAUCCCUGGCAAUGAUAGCCGGGCAAGUACAUGUUUCAUUGCACUUUGGCAUUGCUAGACCUGACGAUAAACUCAUUGCCGAUAGACUCAAAUCCUGUCUCGAUGAGAUAGUGAACGAGCUUGCUAAAGCUCCACGGAUGGGAACCCUCCACGACUUUCCUCUGGUUCGUUGGCCGUACUCCGCGCUGGAUAGACUGGCGAGAGACUUGCAGACACAUGGCUUGGCAUAUGACGACGUUGAAUCAAUUGGACCGUGUUCUUCAGUGCAAGAAAGUUUCUUUGUCAGUCAAGCUAUCAAUCCAGGUUCCUACGUUAGCCAAGCCACUCUCAGGUUGCUGCCAACCUCUGCCAAUGUUCCUCAUCGAGUCGAAACAGAGAAGGUUGCGAGGGCGUGGAACGAUAUUGUUGCAAGACACGCGAUGCUGAGAACUGCAUUCGUGGAGAGCAGCGACCGGCCUGGCAAAUUUGAUCAGCUCGUCCUGAAGCCUACGUCUUUGCCACCACGCGUGAUUAUUAUCCCCUCCUCGGUUGAAACCAAUAUUGUUCCCGCCUUCACCACGGGAAAAUUUGAAAGCCCACUGCGGCUUUGCAUCUACCAGAUUAAUGAUGAAGAGCUUCGACUCGAACUUGAAAUCUCUCACGCCCUAGUAGAUGGGCACUCAGCUAAGAUUUUGUUACACGACAUCCGUGCCAGCUAUCUACAAUCUGCCUACUUCUCACAGAACUCGCCGCUUCCAUACACGGUUUUUGCAUCCCGCCAGCAGGCCACCUUGAGCGAAGGGGAAGCGUCCGCGGGAGUUGCAUACUGGACGUCUUACCUAAACGAAGCUAGUGAAUCCCAUUUGCCCCUUAUCACUACCAACCCGCAGUUGAAAGAUCUGGAGACAACUCGUUGCUCUGUGUCAGUACCUGAUGGAAGGCUGCGUGCAGUUUGUGGUAAACUCUCGAUCACUCCAGCAAAUCUAUUCCAUGUCGCAUGGGCGCUAGCCCUUCGACGCAUUAUCCUCUCCGACAAAAUUACCUUUUCGUAUAUAGUUUCUGGACGCAGCAGUGAUACAGAUGGUGUCGAGGCGACGGUUGGGCCCUUCAUCAAUACUUUGCCAUUUUCUCUGGCAUUGAACCCAGAGACCAGCGUUGCCGAUGCACUUGGGUCUGCAAUGCAAGAUUGGCAGAAUGGCUUGCAGUUUCAAAACGUACCGAUUGCUGACCUAGCCGCUGCAAAAACCAGAUCAUUGAAGCGGCUUGGAAAUACAUUGCUCUCAAUUGAACGCGAGGCAUCGAACACGCAUCCAUUCACAGAAGGAACCUAUAUGAGCUUGGACGCAAGGACCAGCGCAGCAGAUUUUGAUCUUAUUGCCAACGUCAGAUUCAAUGAAGAGCGCAUCGAUCUGAGUGUCGAAUACUGGGCUUCUAGAAUAGCCGGACCAGUUGCAAAGGCCCAGAUGGCGGCAUUCGAAGACGCAGUGACAUUCUUAUUAGAAGGAGUGGGCUUGUCGGUCCGUGACUUUCCAAGUCAUAGCCUGAAAGAUCGAGCUGCGUUUGUCAAGUGGAACUCGACCAAACCUGCACGUCUGGAGAGCUGUGUUCAUGAAUUGGUUAUGAAGAAGAUGACCGAACAACCAGAAGCACUGGCAGUGAGUUCUUGGGACGGUGAGCUUACUUAUGGCGAGUUAGAACGCGCAAGUCGUCGACUGGCCUAUCACCUGGUUGAAAAGGGCGUAGGCCCAGAGGUGAUGGUCGGUAUGUGCAUGGAGAAGUCAAAGCUGGGUGUUGUCGCUAUGGUAGCCACUCUUCUUGCAGGCGGUGGUUUAGUGCCUCUUGGAGUGUCACAUCCUCUGGCACGUAUUGAAGGUAUAGUCAAGGACGCGACUUCGCCACUCAUACUCGUUGAUCGUGUCCACGAGGAACGGUUAGCAGAGCUGGGUUCCUAUACAGAGUUAGUUGCCGUUGACUCCUUCUUCGACGAUGCGCCUUCGACCGACAUACCGACUUCUGGUCCCUUCACCUCCGUAGGACCAGACAACGUGGCUUGGAUGAUAUUUACCUCGGGUAGUACAGGAAAGCCCAAGGGUGUUGUACUUGAGCAUGGGUCCCUUGCUACUAGUAUUCACUACCAUGGUCGCCGACUCGACAUCCAACCUUAUGAUCGUCUUCUACAGUUUGCAGCCUUUACUUUCGAUGCUGCUAUUCAAGAAAUCAUCACGGCUCUUGCUUUUGGCGCGACAACGUGUAUUCCUUCAGAGAGCGACCGUAUGGACCGAUUAUCAAACUAUCUUGCCGAGUCUGAGGUCACUAUUGCAACCUUGACAUCAACAGUGGCUGCAUUAGUUCGGCCGCAGGAGACUCCGACAGUGCGGACGAUAAUUCUCAUGGGCGAAGCCGUGCAAGCAAAAGUCGUUGAUCAAUGGAUAAACCACGCGACCGUUAUCAACGCAUACGGGCCAUCGGAGUGUUGUAUUCAUUCAACCUGCAGACCAGUUACGGAUAGUUCUGCUUCCCUAAAUAUCGGGACGGCUAUUGCUGGUGCGACUUGGGUUGUCAACCCGACCAACAUUGGACAACUUGUGCCAUUAGGAGGCCAAGGAGAGCUUCUUCUUGAAGGCCCCCUACUUGCAAGAGGUUAUCUCAAUGAUCCUGUAAAGACGGCCCAGGCCUUUGUGACCGACCCAGCUUUUGUUCAUGAACUCGGACUUGACCACGGUCAGCACAAGAUGUACCGGACGGGAGACCUGGUGCAGCAGAACAUGGAUGGAACAUUAACAUAUCUAGGCCGUAUUGACUCGCAAAUCAAGAUCCGUGGUCAGCGCGUGGAGAUUGGUGAGAUUGAGUACCAUAUAGGAAAGCAGGGAGGCGUUCACGAUGCAGUCGUUCUCUAUAUGCGACAAGGACCCCUUGCUGACCGUCUUGUUGCUGCUGUUAACCUGGGCGAGUCCUCAUCAGUCGACUGCCCUCAGGACUCGGCCGUUCAACGUGUUCCGGAGCAUCAGAUGGAGAAUGCUAGGCUUCGCCUGCGUGAAGUGCAACACGGCUUGUCACGGCAGGUGAUGCACUACAUGGUGCCCAGUAUAUGGCUCCCUUUAUCAGCUAUGCCGAUGAAUCAGUCCGGAAAAACAGACCGACGCGCUUUGACUGAUUGGAUACAAUCAUUAUCAUCUGAUGAAAUCACAGCUCUGAGCAACGGUGGUGAUGCCGAUGAUGUGGAUGACACGUCGGCGACAGCUGUUGAACGGGAGCUCCGGCAAAUUUGGAGCGAAGUGUUGGAUGUUUCGCUACGUAGCGUAACAUAUUCAAGCAGCUUCUUUAGCCUCGGCGGUGACUCAAUUACAGCGAUGCAAGUAGUCUCGGCCAGCCGAUCGCGUGGAAUCCUCAUAACCGUGCGCAAAGUUCUCGACUGUCAGACAAUCCCCGAACUGGCAGCCGAGGCGCAGGCAGCUCAGGAUUCGGAUUGCACAGCUAUACCAGAAGGUGCAUUUGCACUAUCACCUAUCCAACAGAUGUACUUUGAGAGUAUAGCGGCUGAUGGACUUCGUGCUGACAAUGAGCAUUGCUUCAACCAAGGAGUCUUGCUUCACAUUACACGCCAAAUCACCUUGGAAGAGUUAACUCGAGCAUUAGACAUGGCUGUUGCGAAACAUGCUAUGCUUCGAGCCCGAUUUCAGUACAGCCAAGACCAGGGCUGGCAACAGAGGAUAGAGAGAGAGGUAACCGGCUCCUAUCGUCUGUGCGCGCAUACAGCUGGCGGCGCAGAAAUAUCGGGGAUUGUUGCCCAGUCCCAGUCGACUCUCGACAUAGCGCAUGGACCGGUGUUCGCAGCUGAUCUUAUCGAAAGAGAUGAUAGGCAGGUCCUUCACUUGGUCGCCCACCACCUUGUUAUCGACCUUGUGUCUUGGCGUAUUCUGUUGCGAGACCUCGAGGAGGUAAUUGUAAAUCAAAAGCUCCCAAAUCCCAACAGCUUGUCAUUCCCAACAUGGUUAGAAAGACAAAAAGAAUCUCUGGACAGGGUCUCGGAUGUCCUUGAUACAUUGCCCAUGACUGUGCCAAAGGCGAAUUGGGACUAUUGGGGGCUUACUCCUGGCCAGGAGACUUUCGGUAUCCGUUCCAGUACUCAGGCAUGGUGUGAUAUCGAUACCACCUCAUUACUUACCGGUGGCGCGAAUGCUCCUCUCAAAACCGAACCGGUCGAAAUAUUGUUAGCUGGUCUACUUCUGUCUUUUCAACAAGUCUUUACCGAUAGAUCUGUGCCGGCUGUCUUUACUGAAGGACAUGGUCGUGAGGCUCCAGAUGACGGGACAGACUUGUCAGAGACUAUAGGCUGGUUCACAACAAUGAGCCCGAUUUUUGUGUCGUUCGGUGAACCUAAUAGUAACAGCAUGAUUGAUGUUCUUAGGCAGGUGAAGGAUCAGCGUCGACGCAUUCCUGAUCGUGGAGUUCCUUAUUUCGGCAGUCGCUUCUUGACUGCUGAAGGCAAGGAGCAAUUCGCAGGUCAUGGCCCGGCAGAGAUCAUGUUCAACUACACAGGACGCUUCCAACAGCUCGAACGAGAUGAUGCCUUGUUUCAUUUCGACAGGGACAACAAUUCAAGCACCAUGUCACGAGCUGGUGGUCUAGUGAAGCUUUUUGCCGCGCUUGAUGUUGCCAUCACGAUAGAAGCAGGCAAAUUAUGCAUCACUGUUCAUUACAGCAAUCAAUCGCGAUUUCAAGCAGCUAUCCGAAAAUGGGUCGAGGUAUAUGGCCAAACUGUCAAGAGCUUAGUCGAGGAGUUGAAUAAAGCGGAAUCAGUGGCAACAGCAACGGAUUUUCCACUUGCUAAUCUUUCUGACAACGACAUGGAAACCAUUGAAAGGCAAUACCUGCCUACGAUAGGUCUCAAUUCCUCUGCUGAGAUUGAAGAUAUUCUGCCCUGCUCGCCAAUUCAGCAGGGUAUCCUGUUGACCCAACUUCAGUCUCCAUCAACGUAUUGUAUUUACCAGACAUGUCGUAUCGUACCAUCUGUUGAUACGCUUGUCAGUGUGGACCGGCUCAUUGAAGCUUGGAGAGAGGUUGUGUUUCGGCAUUCUAUCCUUCGGACUGUGCUCUUGGAGCCAUUGCCAGGACAGGAAAACUUCAUCCAGAUUGUUUUAAGACACCCUGAGAUUGGUAUCAUCAAGAAAGACAAUAUUGCAGAUGGAGUAACUGCUGCUGAGUGGCUUGCUUCACGGCCGUCCUUGGACGUCUCAAUUCUCAGCCGCCCUCCUCAUCUUCUCACCGUGCUGACAACGGUUUCUGGAGAAGUUUAUUGCCGAUUCGAUAUCAGUCAUGCUCUGGUCGAUGCCUCCUCCGUGGCAUUAAUCAUGCAAGACCUCAUGGACGCGUAUGACGUCGAGAAGCCAACGUCACCCAUCAGUGGCUCUAAAUACAGUACUUAUGUUGCCUUUCUUCAAGGAAGAGACUCUCAGGAUGAUCUCCAGUACUGGAAAUCGCUUCUCCAAGAUGCUGAGCCGUGUCUUUUGCCCCCAAAUAACCCGACCCAUGGCACUGGCGAACAAGCAACCAUCAAAAAGGUAUCUACCCGGAUUGAUGAUAUUGGAAAACUCCACCAAUUCCGAGAUAAGUAUGGUAUUUCUGUGGCCAGCAUAUUUCAAUUAUCGUGGGCCUUGGUUCUCGCAAUGCAAACUGGUUCACGAAAUGUCAGCUUUGGUAACUUGUCUAGUGGGCGCGAUGUACCAAUCUCAGGCGUGCAAGAGCUGGUAGGGCCAAUGAUCAAUAUGCUCGUCUGUCAUCUAGACCUGAAAUGGGGCGCAAGAGUCUCUGAGGUAGCUCGCAAGCUUCAGAGUCAAUCCACCGAGGCAUUCGAACAUCAGAGGACAUCUUUAGCAGCAAUUCAGCACGGGCUUGGUCUCUCAAGAAACCAACCACUUUUCAAUAGCACCUUGUCAUACAAACGACAGGCAUGGACAAGCUCUGGAAGAGCAUCAGCCAUCACGCUUGAAGGCCUGACCUGGGAGGACCCGACGGAAUACGAUAUUCACAUCAACAUUGAAGCUUCCUCAACCAGCAUUGAUAUCAACAUGCAAUAUUCGACAGCAGCAUUCUCUGAGACGACAACAAUUAAACUUGUUGAUAGUCUAGUGCAGGCCGUAAUUGCCGUCUGCGAUGAUGGAGACAGAACUCUUGGUCAGCUAAGACUACUAUCGCCCGCUGAAGAGGCGAAGUUACUUGAGUGGAAUUCCGUCAUCCCGCCACGCAUCGAACGUUGCGUCCACGAGCUUGUGCUUGACAGGAUGGUCAGCCAGCCGGAUGCGUUAGCCAUCAGUUCAUGGGAUGGAGAUCUCACAUACGCCGAGCUGAAUCACACUAGCUACCAAUUUGCCCACCACCUGGUCGUUGAGCGGGGUAUAGGCCCCGAGGUGAUGGUUGGUCUAUGUAUGGAUAAGUCGAAAUGGGCAAUAGUGGCUAUGAUUGCCGUGCUACGCGCUGGAGGUACUCUGGUACCUCUCGGCGUCCAAGAGCCACUGUCUCGAAUUCAACUAAUCACAGAAGAAACGGGCACACCUCUUGUCUUGGUUGACCGUAAACACGAACAGCGGCUGGCAAGGCUAGACGGCACACAUCUGUCCACGGUUGACACCUUCUUCGAUAAUGCCUCUCCUAUGUCGAUGCUACCAUCCCUCACUGAGCUGUCUCCUACGCGGCCUGAACAUGCAGCUUGGGUCAUUUUCACAUCUGGCUCGACUGGUAAGCCCAAAGGCGUUGUACUUGAGCAUGGAUCUGUGGCGACGAGCAUACUUGCUCACGGUCCUGCAAUCGGUAUCCAGACCCAAGACAGAAUGUCGCAGUUCGCAGCGUAUACUUUUGAUGUAUCUAUCGCAGAAAUCAUGACGACGCUUACCUUUGGUGCAUGCGUUUGUGUACCCUCUGAAGACGAUCGUACAAAUCGUCUCACGCAUUUCCUAUCAGAAUCAGAGGUGUCUAUCGCUACUUUGACUUCGACUGUAGCAGCACUUGUUCAGCCGGAAAAAACACCAACGAUUCGCACAUUAGUCUUGACAGGCGAGGCUGUUCAGUCCAAGGUUGUUGACCAAUGGAUACAUCAAGCUACGGUCAUCAAUGCAUACGGUCCUGCUGAAAGCUCUAUCUGGACUACAGGAACACCACUUGUUGGCGCCUUCUGGGUCGUGAACCCGGAUAGUGUUGGGCAACUGGUUCACAACGGUGAGCUUCUUAUCGAAUCACCUUUGUUAGCACGCGGAUACUUGAACGACCCAACGAAGACCGCGGCCUCAUUCAUCAUAAACCCGGAGUUUCUGAAGAAUCUUGGCCUCGAUAUAGGCUCCAGGCGCAUGUACCGUACUGGUGAUCUCGUCCAGCAAAAUCAAGAUGGGACAAUCACUUACCUCGGACGUCGAGACACGCAGAUCAAGAUUCGCGGUCAACGUGUCGAGAUUGGGGAAAUAGAGUAUCACUUACGCAAGCAAGCAGGAAUGCACGACGCAGUGGUCCUAUACAUGAAGCAAGGUGCUCUGGCUGGGCGACUCAUUGCUUUUAUUGUCUCGUCUGAUAUGUUGGUGACCCGUCAUGAUCAGAGCCAGCCGCAAUCCAGUGCCAACAUCCAGCGCGUUCCCGAUGAGCAAGAUGAAACCGCUGAUAUCUGGUUGAGAGACGUCCAACAGAAUCUUUCCCAGCUUGUAAUGCAUUAUAUGAUGCCGAGUGUCUGGAUUCGCUUGAUGGCUAUCCCCAUAAACGCAUCAGGCAAGACCGAUCGUCUUGGACUUUUGCGGUGGACCGAGUCUUUGUCUACAGAGGACACUACGGUGUUGACUGGUACGGGAGCGAUUGAAGGGGGGGAUAUUAAUGAAUCAUCCGCCACAACGAUUGAGCGAGAACUGCGACAGAUUUGGAGCGAGGUUCUCGACGUACCAAUCUCUCGCGUGACAUACUCAACCAACUUCUUCAGUCUUGGAGGCGACUCGAUUACGGCUAUGCAAGUGGUGUCCGCUUGUAGGGCUCGCGGCAUACUCGUGACCGUUCGUAAGGUCCUGGACUGCCAAACGAUCCCGGAAUUGGCAGCCAGCUCCCACACUGGCCGAGAGGAUGAAGCUCAUUUGGCAAGAAUUCCAGACGGUGUCUUUGGACUAUCACCAAUUCAGCAGAUGUUCUUUGACGAAAUCGCAGGAGAUGGUCUUCGUGCCGACAUGGACUACCGCUUCAUUCAGGCUGUUUCCCUAUAUACUACACAGCGGAUUGAGAAAGCAGAUUUGACCUGGGCUAUCAAUGCUCUUGUUUCUAAGCACGCCAUGCUUCGAGCCCGUUUCCGCUACAGUCAGGACAAUGCUUGGAAGCAGUGGAUAGAGAAGGACAUUGCUGGGAGCUACCGCUUCCAGGAUCAUACAGUUGUGGACGUCGAGCUCAUGCAGCAUGUUAUUGAGAAAUCGCAAGCCAGUCUCAAUCUGGAGCAUGGCCCAGUUUUUGCAGUCGACUUCAUUGAAAGACAAGACAGACAAGGUAGACAGGUCUUGCACCUUGUUGCUCAUCAUCUUGUUGUUGAUCUGGUUUCAUGGCGCAUUUUAAUACGAGAUCUGGAAGAACUCUUGGUUCAUCACAAGCUCCCAAACCCAAUGAGUCUCUCUUUCCCUGUGUGGCUAGAGCGUCAACAAAAUUCAUUGGACAAGCUGAUGAACGAGUCAGAACAUGGAACAGAGGAAUCACUGGCAAAGACCUUGCCAGUAGCAGUUCCGAAUGCAGAUUGGGACUACUGGGGUCUUGUUCCCGGUAAAGACGUCUACGCCAGCCUCUCCACUAUUGAGAUCAAGUGCGACUCUGCCACGACUUCACUGUUGUCAGGCAAUGCCAACACCGCUCUCAAGACCGAACCCGUUGACAUCUUACUUGCUGCCCUCAUCAGCUCCUUCCAAGAUGUCUUUACAGAUCGUCCCAUGCCUGCCGUCUUUACUGAAGGACACGGUCGUGAAACUGAGGAGGAAGAAAUUGAUCUUUCCGAUACGGUUAGUUGGUUUACUACGAUGGUUCCAGUUCACGUCUCACAAGGAACUGUCAAAAACUCUAUUGAAGUACUCAGAAAGGUCAAAGACCAACGCCGUCGUCUUCUCAGUAAAGGCUUGCCGUACUUUGGUAGCCGUUACCUGACAAGCCGCGGACGAGAUAAGUUCGCAGGUCACGGUCCAGCCGAAAUCAUCUUCAACUACCUGGGACGUUUCCAACAACUGGAACGAGAAGACGCCCUCUUCCAUAUUGAGGAUGAUGACACAAGUGCAUCCUCGCAGUUUGGCCCUCUGGUCAAGCUCUUUUCUGUACUCGAUGUUUCUGUUACAGUUGAUGCAGGACAGCUCUCAAUCAAAGUCCGCUUCAGCCGUGACUCCCGACACCAGUCUGCCCUUAAGCAGUGGGUGAAAUUGUAUGGGGAUACAGUGAAGACGCUGGUCGAAGAGCUCACCAUGACACCUCUCACACUUACAGCAUCUGAUUUUCCACUCGCCCGACUAUCCGACAGUGACUGGGAACUGAUUGAGGGGCAGUAUCUGAAGACAGAGAUGGGGCUCUCGUCUACCAAGGAGGUUGAAGAUAUCCUUCCGUGUUCAGCUAUGCAGCAAGGUAUCCUGCUUGCUCAACUUCAAUCCCCCUCGACCUACUGUAUCCAUCAAAUUUGCCGCGUCCUGCCGACCGGCCACACGCGUCCUGUUGACAUCCAGCGUCUGACUGCAGCUUGGCAUCAGGUUGUAACGCGACACUCGAUUCUCAGGUCCGUUUUGGUAGAACCGCUACCUGCCCAGGAGAAGUUCCUUCAGAUCGUUCUGAAGGAACCACAUAUCGACGUCCAGAUCGCGGAUGGAGAGAAUAUCAGAGAUGAGGACGCGAUCGAAUGGCUCGCUUCGCAAUCAACGCUUGACAUUACGAGAUUGGGCCGCCCUCCUCACCGCCUGAUAAUUCUGAAGACGAAUGAAGCUAAUGUUUACUGUCGUUUCGAUGUCAGCCAUGCUCUAGUAGACGCUUCGUCAGUGGCACUCAUCUUGCGGGAUCUCAUUGCCGGAUAUGAGGGUGGGCUAGGGUCCAGUGGCGGCUCUAACUAUAGUGCCUAUGUCGCUUUCCUGGAGGGCAGACGGCAACACAACGACCUCCAAUAUUGGAAGUCGUUACUGUCUGAUGCUGAACCUUGCAUCUUGCCCCCGCAGCAACCAGUACAUGAAGCUAGUCAAGCACAACUUGGCCAUGUAAUCGACCGACUUGAUAAUAUGACGACAGUCCACCAAUUCCGUGACAGAUACAAUGUCUCCAUUGCUAGUAUCUGUCAAUUGUCUUGGGCUCUAGUCCUGGCAAACUGGACGGGAUCACGCAAUAUUAGCUUCGGCAAUCUUUCGAGUGGUCGCGAUAUUCCUAUUCCUGGCGUUCAAGAGCUAGUUGGACCUAUGAUCAACAUGCUUGUCUGCCAUUUGUGCUUAGAUUGGAAUUCAUCGGCAACAAUUGGCGACAUGGCUCGUAAGCUACAAAGCCAAUCCACCGAAGCUUUCGAGCACCAGAGAGCAUCGCUGGCAUCUAUCCAACACGAGCUAGGCUUUUCGAAAGACCAACCGCUGUUUAACAGCACGAUUUCAUACAGACGUCAAACCUCAACCUCACUUGACGCUAAGCCAGCAGAAAUCAGACUUGAAGCUGUUGUCUCGGUGGAUCCAACAGAGUAUGAUGUACAUGUCAACAUCGAUGCCUCUUCAACAAGUCUCGAGUUCAAUCUUCAAUACUCAACUGCAGUUCUCUCUGAAGCAGCGGCUACAAGGCUCGCAGAGAGUCUAGUGCAAGCGGUCCGCAUUGUGUCUCAGAACGUAGAUCGACCACUGCGGCAGCUUACAAGCAGUCUAUUGCCUGCUGGGGACAAAUUGCAGCUACAAGAAUGGAACUCGGCUGUGGCCCUGCCUGUCAAACGUUGCGUGCAUGAAUUGGUCUCGGAUCGAAUAUCAACUCUACCUGAAGCACUUGCUAUCAGCUCGUGGGAUGGAGACAUGACAUAUAAUCAGUUGGGUGAGACCAGCCGCAGACUGGCUUCCUACCUAGUUGAACAAGGAGUAGGUCCUGAGACAAAGGUCGGCCUAUGUUUAGACAAGUCGAAAUGGGCGAUUGUCGGUAUGCUUGCAAUACUCUUCGCUGGAGGUGUCGUUGUUCCUCUUGGCGUCAAACACCCAGUCAGCCGGAUCAGAAGCAUCGUCGAAGAUACGACUGCCCCAAUCGUUCUUGUCGAUGACAUCCACGAGAAGAGACUAGCAGCUGUGACAACUCAAACACAGCUUCUCUCUGUUCAAUCCUUUUUCCGAACAUCUCAACCAGGGUCUCCCCGGUCUGAACAGUCGACUGUACGACCUGAAGAUCCUGCUUGGAUCAUCUACACUUCCGGAAGCUCAGGAGUCCCCAAGGGUGUCGUCCUCCAACAUGACGCCCUCGCAACAAGUAUACUUGCCCAUGGGCCAGCAAUUGGCAUAAAACCAUUCGACCGGCUGUCACAAUUUGCAGCUUACACCUUUGAUGUUUCCAUUGCAGAGAUCAUAACUGCACUGUCAUUCGGCGCUUGUGUCUGCGUCCCUUCAGAGCAGGACCGUAUGGAACGACUCCCAUCAUUCUUGAAGGAUGCAAAUGUCACCAUUGCAACUCUAACAUCUACCGUGGCGGCACUUAUUCAGGAGGACAUUCCCAAGAUACGAACAAUGGUCCUGACUGGCGAAGCUGUUCAAUCCAAGGUGGUUGAUCGAUGGGUACAACAGGCAACUGUAGUAAACGCCUACGGCCCCUCCGAAAGCUCUAUCUGGGCAUCUUGCAACAUAGUCCAAAGUGGUGCAGACGCUCUGAACAUUGGCAAACCUCUGGCCGGUACAUUUUGGGUCGCCAACCCGGAUAAUACCGGGCAGUUGGUGGUUCGUGGAGCACCGGGAGAGUUGCUUAUCGAAGGCCCCUUGCUGGCGAGGGAGUAUUUGAAUGACGCCGAUAAGACCUCGACAGCCUUUGUAUCAGACCCUUCGUUUAUGCAAGAGCUCGGACUUACCCCAGGCCGGCGUUUAUAUCGCACUGGUGAUUUAGUACAACAGAACGAGGAUGCUACACUUACUUAUCUGGGCCGCAUUGAUAGCCAGAUCAAGAUUCGAGGCCAGAGAGUAGAAGUCGCUGAGAUUGAGAGUCAGAUUGUCCGAUUACUUCCAGGAGCGAGUGAGGCUGUCGUCGACUUGGUACGCCCAGAAGGUGAAGUCCAUGAUGGGCCGCUUAUUCUGGUAGCUGUUAUUGAGCAUUCUGACGCUAGCCCUCUCCUUGACAGUGAAGUGUUCAGUCUUUCUGACACAGCGCAAAUUCCAGACACUGCACUCGAGGCGCUUGGAAAGCUAGACGACGACCUCGGUAACGUACUCCCUCCUUACAUGGUACCUGCAGCAUUCCUGCUAGUUUCUAAGCUUCCGAUCAAUGCUUCUGGCAAACUUGAUCGUCGUGCCGUUCGACAAAAAUUGCAAUCCACAUCCCGCGACACGAUCGUCAGAUUCUCUGGUUCCAGAGAUCUGAUUAAAGCGGCACCCACUACUGAUCUGGAACGGAAACUACAGAUCCUUUAUUCCACGACAUUGGGACUUGUUCCCGAAGCUGUUGGAAUUAAUGACUCUUUCUUCAAACUCGGCGGAGACUCAGUCGCGGCCAUGAAGCUGACCGCUGCCGCUCGUGCUCAGAACGUUCCUGUCUCGGUAGCCGAUAUCUUCCGCUGGCCCCGUCUGUCAGAUCUUUCAAGAGUCGUAGAUGAGAAGUAUAGUCGCGAUAUUGAACCACUGGACAAAGAUCCAGCCCCUUUCAGCCUGUGGCCGGACCUGACGGAGACGACUCAGGCCGAAAUUCAGACCGAUAGCCACAACGACAACACACGGCAAGCACAGCUAUUGCAAGACAUUGCUGCGCAAUGUGAUAUAUCGGUUGAUCAGAUUCAGGAUGUCUAUCCAUGCAGCCCAAUGCAAGCCGGUCUGAUGGCUAUUACCGCACAACGCCCCGAGGCCUACGUUAUUCAGCGGGUGUUCAAAUUACAUGACGAUUUGUCUAAUCAGCAACUCCAAGCUGCAUGGGCAAGUCUAACUGAUAAGCUCACUAUUUUUCGCACUCGAAUUAUACCUUCGGCCUCCGCACAGGCCGACGCUCUGCAGGUUGUGAUACAAGAAGCCCCAGUCUGGCAAGAGUGUAAAUCACUAGAGGUCUACUUGGCCAAGGACCGGGCCACACCUAUUACCUAUGGCCGAGCACUCAGUCGUACCGCGGUUAUUGAUGAUCCCGCUGGUCGUUAUUUUGUAUGGACAGUGCACCACAGUGUAUACGACGGCUGGAGUGUUGCAAGGACAAUGGAAAUGCUUACACAAUUGUUGAAUGGACAGUCGACGUUUUCCCCGGCACCGGUUUCACGUUUCAUCAACUAUCUGGUCCAACAAGACAAGGAUCAAAUAGCUGAUUUUUGGAAAGAACAUUUCGAAGGUGCGAACUGGGUUCGCUAUCCAGCCAUAUCGUCGCCAAAAUACCAGGCCAAGUCGCACGAUACAUUGCAGAGUCAAAUUCGUGUCAACCUUGAGACAGGCGGCCCUGCAACGAUGCCCACACUUCUUCGAGCUGCUUGGGCCCUUUUAGUUGCUACGAAUACUGGCGCCAAUGAUGCAGCUAUCAAUGUUGUCCUCUCCGGCCGCAUGGCACCUGUAGAUGCAGUGAUGGACAUUAUUAGUCCACUUGUCACUACUGUUCCAUUUUACGUGUCUACCUCCAGAGAGCAGUCUGUGCGUGUCUUCCUUGAGACAAUUCAUCAUCGAGCUACAGAAAUGAUCCCGUACGAACACACCGGUUUACAGAACAUCAGGGCCAUUGUUCCUAAUUUAGGAUCAGAGUUUGAUCCAGGCCAUACAUUUGUUGUUCAACCUGCCGGAGAGAGUGAGUCCGCAGACUUACCGAUGUUCAAAAUGGACGCCGAACGCCAUGCUACUUCACUGGACGCAUUUGAUGCCUAUGCAUUGACAGUCGAAUGCACGGUAGGCGGUCGGAACCCAGAUGAUGUGACAAUCGAAGUACGUUACGAUCGUGCUGUUCUUGCAGUCAAUACAGCGCAACACUUAGUUUCCCAGUUUGCGCAUAUAGUUCAGCAAUUGGCGCAAAACGCAGAGACAGACAAGCCACUUUCUGAGCUUCAAUUACUCACUGAUGAGGACUGUGCCCAGCUCCGUGAAUGGAACUCGGCUGUACCACCACGUCUCGAGCGCUGUCUUCACGACUUGAUACUUGAGACAAUGACUAGCCAACCCAUGGCGCCAGCUAUUUCUGCAUGGGAUGGUGAAAUGACAUACGGCGAACUGAACGAUGCCAGCCGAUACUUAGCCUACCAUCUUAUUGAUUCAGGAAUAGGCCCAGAAGUGAUGGUCGGCAUCUGUAUGGAUAAGUCAAGAUGGGCUGUAGUGGCUGUACUGGCUAUCCUUCGCGCAGGCGGUGUCGUCGUUCCGUUGGGAAUCCAACAACCCCUUUUACGGAUUGAAGGAAUCAUACAUGAUACAUCCUGUCCCCUUAUUUUAGUUGACCAAGGUCAACAACAUCGGCUGGCUCAACUAUCCGAACACGCAUCUCUUUUCGCCGUCGACUCUUUCUUUGAGGCGGCCCCGACUCCAUUGACAAGGAGGCACAACUCAUCCGCUAAGCCACUACCAUCUGUGAAGCCUGAUCACAGUGCUUUUGUCAUAUUUACAUCAGGUUCAACUGGCGUUCCCAAGGGCAUUGUUCUCGAGCACGGUGCCCUUGUAACAAGCAUUAUUGCCCAUGGAACCGAGUUCGGCAUGGACACCAAGGCUUGUGACCGAGUACUGCAGUUCGCAGCGUAUACCUUCGAUGUUGCCAUCCAAGACAUCAUCGCAACGCUAUCUUUUGGCGCAUGCCUCUGCAUACCGUCUGAGCAUGAUCGAAUGAACCGGCUGGUGCCGUAUAUAUCGGAAGCGAAGGUCACUUUGGCAAUCUUGACGCCUACUGUAACUGCAUUGAUUCAACCACAAGAUGUCCCUUCAAUUCGAACAUUGAUUUUAGGAGGCGAAGCUCUCCCGGCAAAGGUUGUCGAUCAAUGGAUAGACUACGCCAAAAUUAUCAAUGGCUACGGCCCUUCAGAAUGCUGUAUCCAUUCUACAUGUCAUGAGGUUCAGCACAGUUCAGAGGCAUCGAUCAUAGGACGGGGAAUUAUCGCUAAAACUUGGGUCAUUGAUUCUUCCAAUUCUGAUCAACUUGUCCCCAUCGGGGCGAUUGGGGAGUUGAUUAUCGAAGGACCAUUACUAGCCAGGGGAUAUCUCAACGAUCCCUUGAAGACGGCAAAUUCAUUCAUAACGGAUCCCGCGUUUGUUCAACAGCUCGGCAUCAGUCCAGAUCGCCGCAUGUACCGCACAGGCGACUUGGUACAACAGAAAAUGGAUGGCUCGCUGGUCUACCUCGGUCGCAAAGACACGCAAGUCAAGAUUCGUGGUCAACGCGUGGAAGUUGGUGAGAUCGAAAGCCAUAUCAUGGAUCUCUUACCGAAUGCACGCGAGGCCAUUGUUGAUUUGGUACAAGCAGCAGUCGAGGACCAGGACGUGUCACCGAUGCUAGUUGCUGUCAUUGAGACCGAUGUUUCCGGGACUGAGGUUUUGGCUUCUGACGCAAGCUUGGAGCUCUACAGUCCGUCACAGAUUACCCAGGAUAUGCGUGAAGGACUAGACGAACUUGAUAACAACCUCGGCCGGUUUUUACCAGCUUACAUGGUCCCUACGGUAUAUUUACUGGCAUCGAAACUUCCUCUUAACGCAUCUGGCAAACUCAACCGACGUGCAGUCAGUGAUCACCUGAUGUCGCUUCCCCGCGAUGUGUUAAGCAGUUUCUCUGGCCUUUCCGACUUCAAACAGAUGCCGACUACUCCUAUGGAGCAAAAGCUACAGACCCUAUUUACGUCAGCACUUAUGCUCAAGCCUGAAGCAGUUGGUAUCAAUGACUCGUUCUUCCGACUUGGUGGAGACUCUGUUGCAGCUAUGAAGUUGACGGCUGCGGCUCAUACCCAUGAUAUCCCUCUUUCUGUUGCUGAUAUAUUCCGCUGGCCUCGACUCCUGGAUCUAGCAGAAGCCAUGGAUGGCAAGGGCGGGGUUUCAUCUAAUUCUGCGGACGAAAAAGACCCCGAGCCGUUCAGCCUUUGGCCGGAGCUCCAAGCAGGUGCUACUGAUAGAUCGCGACUUCUGGAAGAUGUUGCAGUACAGUGCGAUGUAUCCGUCGAUAGGAUUGAGGAUAUAUAUCCUUGCAGUCCAUUGCAAGCUGGUUUGAUGGCUAUCACGGCACAACGUUCCGAAGCCUACGUCGUUCAACGCGUCUUCAAAAUGCAAGGAGGCAUCUCUACGCAGAGGGUGAAGGCUGCGUGGGCACAACUCAUCAACGACCUUCCUAUCUUGCGAACUCGUAUCAUUCCGUCUGUUCAGGCAACAGCACUGCAGGUUGUACUACGAGAAACACCUAUUUGGCAAACCGGGGUUUCGCUAGAGGACUAUCUCACUGCCGAUCGAGCUACCCCUAUGAUAUACGGUGGUGCUCUAAGCCGUACAGCCAUUCUCGAGGAUGGAAGUCAUCGUCACUUCGCAUGGACAGUUCAUCAUAGCAUCUAUGACGGCUGGAGCAUGGCUAAGACGAUGGAGAUGUUUGAACAGUUGUUGAGCGGUAGUAUACUCUCACAUCCAGUGGCAGUUCCAGUCUCUCGCUUUAUUGGUUACCUGGCCGAGAAAGAUAAGGACCAGACAGCGAUCUUCUGGCAAAAGCACCUUGAGGGAGCGAACUGGGCCCGCUACCCCGAGUUAUCAUCUCAACAACACAUCAUCAAUCCUCGAAGUACAUCAUAUAGGCGUCUUCGAAUCCCGACUACAGUGGGAUCGCCAACAUCCAUUGUGCUGCGUGCUGCUUGGGCACUACUUGUUGCCUCCAACACGGGUUCUGAUCAAGCAGUCAUCAACGUCGUGCUCUCAGGCCGUUCGGCUCCUGUGAAGGAUCUCCUGCAUCUCAUGGCGCCUACAAUUACCACUGUCCCUUUCCACGUUUCUACCUCAUCAAGCCAAUCAGUUUACGAUUUCCUUGCCAACAUACAGAAUCAGGCCACCGAGAUGAUCCCGCAUGAGCAUACUGGCCUCCAGAACAUCAGGCGUAUGGUUCCCAGUCUUGGACCUGAUUUUGACCCCGGUCAUAUAUUCGUAGUCCAACCGGCUGCAGAAAUGGAGUCGGCAGUUGCGGAUUCCCACCUAGAAAUCGAGCGCGAAGCUAGUUCUAUGGAUGCCUUCCACGCUCAAGCCCUAACAAUUGAGUGUACCGUGGGACAAGACACAAAGGAUGUUGAAGUCGAGUUGCGCUUUGACGACGCAGUCAUUGCCACCCAUGAUGCAGAGCAGUUACUCGAUCAGUUCAAUCAUCUCGUUCAACAGCUCGCGCAAAAUGCAGACAAGAAUCUGCCACUUGAUCGCCUUCAACUUCUUUCACCAGAUCAAAUGACCCAGAUAUGCAAGUGGAAUUCUUCUAUUCCAUCGCGAGUCGACCGUUGUAUCCAUGAGUUAGUGAUGGAUCAAAUGACCAUUCGACCAGAAGCGACAGCCGUUACUGCCUGGGACGGUGAAUUCACUUACAGACAGUUGGAUGAUCUCAGUCGCCAGCUAGUCUUUCACUUGAUCGAAAUAGGAAUCGGUCAGGAAGUCAUGGUUGCAGGCGGUGUUGUCGUUCCUCUUGGAACACGCCAACCACUGAGCCGUAUUGAAACUAUUAUUACUGACACAGCCGCACCCCUCAUCCUGACCGACCGUCCUCAGGAGCAACAGAUGAAAGGGCUGCAGGCACAUACACAGCUUCUUGUGGUCGAGUCCUUCUUUGACAGAACAGUGGAACCAGCGCAAAAUACUGAGCUCCCUGUGCUCGCAAGACCUGAUAACGCGGCUUGGGUUAUCUAUACGUCGGGCUCAACCGGAACGCCGAAGGGAGUUGUUCUCGAACACGGUGCUCUAGUGACAAGUAUCCUUGGUCACGGCAAGGCAUAUGGCUUACAGGCCGAUGACCGUAUACUCCAGUUCGCGGCUUAUACCUUCGAUGCCGCUAUCCAAGAGAUAAUGACUACACUUGCAUUUGGAGCUUGCAUUUGUAUCCCAUCUGAACAGGAUCGUGUCGAGCGACUCACAUCAUUCGUCGCAGAGAAUCAAAUUACUAUGGCAACUCUGACGUCAACCGUAGCCGCGCUCGUCCGACCUCAGGAGACCCCGACAAUAAGAACAAUCAUACUGGUUGGCGAAGCUGUUCAGGCAAACGUUGUGGACCAGUGGCUACAACGGGCCACGGUCAUCAAUGGAUAUGGACCAUCUGAAUGCUCAAUCGCUUCAACAUGCAGAGAGAUCCAGAAUAGUUCGUCAGCUUUGAAUAUUGGGACUGCCAUUGCGGGUGGUCUCUGGGUUGUGAGGCCAUCCAGUACUGAACUCGCUGCUUUUGGCAGUCCAGGUGAACUACUUAUUGACGGGCCUCUGCUGGCACGCGGAUACUUGAAUGAUCCUACCAAAACGGCUGCCGCAUUCAUCACGGAUGCUAGUUUUCUCAAAGAAUUGGGUCUUAGCAGUCGCCGCCUCUAUCGCACCGGCGAUCUUGUACAGCAGAACCGGGACGGCUCUCUUACCUACCUUGGCCGCAUCGAUACACAGAUCAAGAUCCGUGGUCAGCGUGUAGAAAUUGGAGAAAUCGAGAGUCAAAUCGAGAAGCUCUCCGCCAUUCGAGAUGCAGUUGUCCUUUAUCCGCGUCAAGGACCUCUUGCCAAUCGACUUGUCGCGACUGUUGUACUGGGUGAAACAUCCACAGGUGCUCAAAGCACAGCCAUCCAACAAAUCUCUAAAGAGCAUGAGGGCUACGCGAACAUGCAGUUCCAUGAGCUUCAACGUAUCCUAUCGGACAAGCUUGUCUACUACAUGAUCCCGAGCGUUUGGAUUCCGUUGGCAGCUAUGCCGGUGAAUAUGUCGGGGAAGACCGAUCGACUUGCCAUCUCGCGAUGGGUCCAGUCCUUGACAGAGGAUGAGAUCACAGCCCUCACAUCCAAUAAGACUGAGGACAUUGAUGAGGGGUCAGUAACAGCGGUCGAGAGGCAGCUGCGGCAGAUCUGGAGCGAAGUGCUUGACGUUGCACUCGACAAAAUUACAUACACGACGACCAAGUUCUUCAGCCUUGGUGGAGAUUCAAUCACUGCAAUGCAGGUUGUUUCUGCUUGUCGAGCUCGUGGUAUUUUAGUCACUGUGCGCAAGGUUCUAGAUCACCAGACUAUUCGAGAGCUCGCAACCCAGACACAAACGACCGAGGAUGCAAGUUCGAUAACAAAGAUCCCAGAAGGCAAUUUUCAGCUAUCGCCAAUCCAGCAGAUGUAUUUCGAGGAUAUUGCGGCGGAUGGGAUCCAUGCUAAUGGAGAAAAUCGUUUUAAUCAAGGAGUGUCACUCCAUAUUACACGUCAGAUAAAGUGGGAAGACCUUUCCCGGGCUCUCGAUGCGAUUGUAUCAAAGCAUGCCAUGCUUCGAGCUCGUUUCGGCUACAGUCAGAAUGGCUGGUAUCAAUGGGUGGAAAAGCAGGUACCCGAUUCUUACCGUCUUUGCAAACACACAGCCAGCGACGCACGUUCUAUGCAGAACAUCAUCGAACAUUCACAGACCUCGUUGGAUCUUGAGCGUGGCCCGGUUUUUGCAGCCGACUUGAUCCAUCGUCGGGACAUGCAGAAGGAAGAUGGACAAGAUGGGCAGGUCCUGCAUUUCGUCGCCCAUCAUCUUGUCAUCGAUCUUAUGUCUUGGCGUAUUCUGCUUCAGGAUCUCGAGACCCUUUUGGUGUAUGACCAACCAUUGAAAAUGGAUGUCUUAUCUUUCCCUACGUGGUUGGAACGCCAGCACCAGUCACUGAGCAAGUCCUUGAACGACAAUAUCGACACCUUGCCGGUAGCUAUACCCGAUGCCAAUUGGGAAUACUGGGGACUGGUUCCUCGCCAGGAAAAAUCUGGCAAUCUCGUCAACAUCCAGACCAAGUGCGAUCAUGCCACAACUUCGAUCCUUCUCUCCGACGUUGCGAAUUCCGCCCUCAAAACAGAGCCAGUGGAAAUACUCCUAGCGGCGUUCUAUCACUCUUUCAGGGAGCACUUUAGUGACCGACCCGUACCGCCUAUCUUUACCGAAGGACACGGUCGAGAGGCCAUGGAUGGCGAGACAAAUUUGACUGAAACUGUCGGUUGGUUUACCACGCUCUCGCCUAUUUACAUCACGCCAAGUAAGAACAACAACAAGGCCAUCGAUGUCCUUCGGCAAUUGAAAGACCAACGCCGACGCAUCCCUGGUCGUGGAAUGCCUUACUUUGCCAGUCGAUUCCUCACUCCUGAGGGUCGAGAAAGAUAUGCCGAUCACGGUCCAGCUGAAAUUGUCUUCAACUAUCUUGGAAGAUUUCAACAACUCGAGCGAGAAGAUGCUUUAUUCCGCAUCGAUAAUGGUGAUGAUGCGACCAGCAUAGCCCCCGUCGGGAGUCUUGUGAAUAUUUCCGCUGUGCUUGACAUUUCCGCCACUGUGCAGGAAGGGGAGCUUUGCGUAAACAUUCGCUUCAGUCCGAAGACAAAAAAUCAGACUACCAUACGACAAUGGGCUCAAUCUUAUAGCUCUGCUAUCAAAAGCCUUGUCGGGGAGUUGGCCACAAUCACACCAAGAGCAACAGCAACCGACUUCCCACUUGCGCGCCUCUCCGAUAGCGACAUGACAUUGAUUGAAGACCAAUAUCUCACCACCAUGGGUGUCUCGUCCAGUCAGGUUCAAGACAUUCUUCCAUGUUCGCCAAUUCAACAGGGCAUCCUUCUUACGCAGAUGCAACUACCUCGGGCUUAUCUCAUCUACCAAACGUGUCGAAUUACGCCAUCAAGCCAUGACCGUCCAGUCGCUGUAGAUCGACUUAUCAAAGCAUGGAAGCAGGUUGUUGCUUGUCAUUCUGUGUUGAGGACUAUAUUGAUGGAGCCACUUCCCAAUCAGGAGAAGUUCGUUCAGAUUGUUCUCACUGAUCCUGAAAUAGAUGUUGUCUGUGUAGACGGUGUCUUAGAUGGGAAUGCCACCCAGUGGUUUGAAGCACAAUCUCAACUUGACACAUCCAACCGACGUCGCCCUCCCCAUCGUCUCACAACGUUGUCAACAACUUCGGGUGAGAUUUACUGCCGCUUCGAUAUCAAUCACGCGCUCGUGGAUGCCUCAUCAAUGACACUUAUUAUCCGCGACCUCAUCGACGCCUACGGGAAUGGAUUCACAACCAGUGGGUCCGACUACAGUUCCUACAUCCAAUUUCUCGAGAGCAAGCAUCAACAAGACGACCUUCAAUAUUGGAAGUCAGCACUUCAUAAUGCCGAGCCAUGUCUUCUGCCGCCUCAAGAUCCAGCGCAAAGUGAUGGACAUGGCAAAAUUCUCUCCGUCUCCAAACGAAUUGAGGAUCUUACAAUGCUGAACACCUUCAGGAAUACGCAUGGCGUGUCAAUUGCAAGCAUCUGUCAGCUGGCUUGGUCUAUAGUACUAGCCAGCUGGACGAAUUCGCAGAACAUUAGCUUUGGCAACCUCUCAAGCGGCCGUGAUGCACCGAUCCCAGGUGUCCAAGAACUAGUUGGGCCGAUGAUCAACAUGCUAGUGUGUCACUUGCAGCUGGAUUGGAACUCAACCGUGUCAGAUGCGGCUCGCCAGCUACAAAGCCAGUCUGCCGAGGCAUUUGAGCACCAAGGAGUAUCACUUGCCGCUAUCCAGCACGAGCUUGGUCUUCCAAGAGGUCAACCAUUAUUCAACAGUAUCCUCUCUUACAAGAGGCAAGUGCCAACCGGAUCCGGUACUGCUGAGAUCCUUCUUGAGGGCUUGGACUCAGAGGAUCCAACAGAGUACGACAUUAAUAUCCACGUUGUUGCCUCACCGACCGAUCUUGAGUUCGACAUCCUGUACUCGACUACAUUGCUCUCCGAGUCAGUAGCAUCUCGACUAGUCGAUAGCUUGAUACAAGCUGUUCGUGCUAUAUCCGAAAACGCGAGUCGCCAGCUUGGACAGCUGAGUCUGCUGCCUGCCGGGGAUGCGGAUCAAAUUUGCAAAUGGAACUCGAAUAUGGCAGAACCUCGUGAAACCUGUCUCCAUGACCUUGUGGUGCAACAAAUGGCAGCACAUCCGACAGCUCAGGCUGUCUUUGCCCAUGAUGGAGAGUUGACUUACGGUGAUCUCGAUAAGGCCAGCCGUCAGCUAGCUUGCUAUCUGGUCAACAAAGGUGUAGGACCAGAGGUGAUGGUAGGUUUCUGCAUGGACAAAUCGAAGUGGUCAGUCGUUGCUAUUCUAGGCAUACUUCGGGCUGGCGGGGCGGUCGUUCCGCUAGGCGUGUCGAAUCCCCUGGCUCGUGUUGAGACGAUUCUCAAAGACACGGCCGCUCCUUUCGCCAUCGUCGAUGAAGCACAAGAGCGUCGACUGGGUAUACUUGAAUCGGACACGAAACUCAUCAACAUUAACUCAUUCUUCGACGCGGUUCCAUCAGCAGAGGAAGAUGUACCACUCAACGAGCCCUGCACGUCGGUACGACCUAACAACACUGCCUGGUGUCAGUUCACAAGUGGAUCGACUGGAACACCAAAGGGCGUUAUCCUUGAACACCGCGCCCUCUCAACAAGCAUUUACGUCCACAGUCAGAGAUUUGGUUUGCAGCCUGGCGAGCGUUUGUUGCAAUUUGCUGCGUUCACUUUUGACGCUGCUAUUUACGAUAUCUUGGCACCCCUUUCCUUUGGUGGUUGCACCUGCAUGCCUUCCGAACAUGAUCGCAUGAACCGACUCGGACCUUUCAUCUCGGAAGCAAAUGUCACCUUUGCCUUUAUGACACCGGCUGUGGUUUCUCUGCUGCAUCCCAAGGAUGUUCCAACUAUCAAGACCCUGAUUGUAGGUGGUGAGGUCUUUACAUCAAAGACAAUCGAUCAAUGGAUAGAACAUGCCGAUGUCAAGGAGGCGUAUGGACCUGCGGAAUGUUCUAUCUACUCGACAUGCAACGACCUCCUGGACAGUUCACAGGUUCGGAAUAUUGGAAAGGCAGUCGCCGUCAGAACAUGGGUUAUCAAUCCAUUCAGCGACGGACAAUUGGUUCCAAUUUCUACACCAGGUGAACUCCUCAUAGAAGGUCCAUUACUGGCUCGGGGUUACUUAAACGAUCCUGAGAAGACCGCCGGUUCAUUCUUGGUAGAUCCUGCCUUUGUCAAAGAGUUGGGUCUCAGUCCAGGUCGGCGAUUCUAUCGUACUGGUGAUCUUGUGCAGCAAAAUGCAGACGGUACGUUGCAGUAUCUCGACCGUAUUGGCACUCAGGUCAAGAUCAAUGGCCAACGGUUAGAGAUCGGGGAAAUCGAGAGUCAAAUUAUCCUCUUACUACCAAACGCAAAAUACGCCUACGUCUGCAAACGAGGAUCUUCUCUGAUCGGCGUCAUCGAAGCUACCUCACCAACCAACCAUUCUGCUGUCACCGGUUCCCAUUCCAUCGUCACACCUGAUAGGGAGCAACAGAAGGGUUUCGAGUACAUUGAAGCCUCUCUUCGGGAGAGACUGCCCAGUUACAUGAUACCAUCCGCUUUCUUGGUCAUCAAUUCAUUCCCGCUCACUGACAACGGGAAGCUUGACCGUCGACGAAUUGUCAACUUGUUGGACGCCAUACCAUCCGACAAGUGGCUUGAGUAUACGGCCAGAUCCCAGAUAUACUACGCACCUGUUGGCAGGAACGAAGAAAUACUGAGCGAGUUGUGGGCAGCCUGCGUAAAUAUUGAGAAGAAAUCUGUCUCACGCAUGGAUAACUUCUUCGACCUUGGGGGUGACUCUAUCACAGCCAUGUCCCUGGUUCAACGCCUUGCUAAGCUCGGCUUGAGAAUUCACGUUUCCGAAAUCUUCAAAAACCCUGUUCUCUGUGCAAUGGCAGCACAAGUCACUACCGACACUAACAAAAAUAGAGAAUAUGAACGCUUCUCGCUUGUAUCAUCGGAAGAGCGAGCAAGGGUUGUUGAAUCCGUACUUGCCGAUGGUUGUAUCAAAGCGGAAUCAGACGUGACUGACAUCUUGCCAACAACUGCCUUCCAGGCCCAGAUAGUCAGGGAAAACCUGUCGCCCGCACGCAGGCAAUUGAAUCACUUCGCUUUUGACGCAACUGGACCUUGCGACACGUCUCAUUUGACGUCAGCAAUCAUCGAACUUGUCACCAAGAUCGAGUCACUCCGUACUGGAUUUGCCCAAACACACGAUCAGAAGUUGUUGCAAGUUGUUUACGCCAAUUGGGAACCGACAGUGCGCGUUUUCAAGACCGACAAGAGCCCUGGUGCCUAUUAUGAAGAGACUCCGGAGCGAGACAUGUUCACUGAACCAAGUCUUGCGCAACCAAUGUUUGAUGUUGCCAUUAUCAUUACCGAAACUACUCAGCAGGCUCGCAUUGUAUUCCGUAUGUCACAUGCACUGUAUGAUGGCGCCACUCUGCAUCAAGUAUGGGCGGCCUUGGAAGCAAUCAUGGCAGGACAGACCAUAGGCAAUUUUGCUCCUGUUGGCCCGUAUUUCCAGAGUCUCCAAUCCGAAACUACAAAUGAAACAGAAGACUAUUGGGGCGAACUUGUUCAAGGAGCCGCCCUUUCAUCCGUCAGUACACGUGCGGAGCCUCGGGUAUCACGACUCGGUAUCGUUUCUAGCAAACCGAUCAUGUUACCAAGAAUUAGACAAUUCGACUUCACUCUUGCCGUGGCUGUCAAGACCGCUUGGGCCAUAGUGCUGAGCCACCACGUCGCGAGCAACGAUGUUGUCUUUGCAGAUAUCCUAACAGGACGAACUAUCGUGCAUCCAUCAGUCGCAGAUGUUGUCGCAUGUUGUGCAAGAGCAGUACCAUGCCGGGUUACUUGCGAACCGGAGUGGACCGCAAAGAGACUGAUCGAACAAAUCAAACAGCAGCAAGUCGAUAGCAUGGCACAUGAAGGUCUCGAGCUCCAGCAGAUUGCUCAACGAUUCAUGGGCUGGUCGGAAGAAGUCGAAUCAGAUGCACCCGACAUGCGAGUCAGCAUGGUGAAUCACACAAAGGCGCAAAAGCAGAAUAUGUCACUGGGCUCUACGAUUUAUGAACGAGUUGCUGUGGACCUGAGCACUUCUUACGCAUCUGUUGACUUUGCCAUCGAGUCUGUGGAACAAGGGGAUGGUUCUCUAUCGUUGGGCAUGGCAUAUGCUUCGGAUCGCAUUUCUGAACAGUUGGCAAGAACACUAUCAGACCGAGUCCAAGCAGUUUUGAUGGAAAUUAUUGAAGAUUCAGGAUGCAAUGUCAGCCAUCUUUAUGAGAUUCUGGGAGAUUCGGCGAUGGAGCAAUAG